GCGAGGAGGAGGACGGACCAGAGAGUGCCGGAGCGCACAAACAGACGGGAAUCAUGGAGAAAAGAUCACCGCUCAGGAGGACUAACGGACUGCGACUUUUAACAACAUUUAUCACCUUUUACGGACUUACCUUAGGUGUAAGCAGCAACCAGGUGGUUGUUCCUGAGAAAGUGAAUGCAGUGCUGGGAAAGAACAUCACACUGGGCUGCAGAAUAGAGAUGGGCUCCAACCUCAAUCUCACACAGAGCUCGUGGGAACGCCGUCUUCCUUCAGGCACCAUUACCUUGGCAGUGUUCAAUCCAGAGUUUGGAACCUCCAUCUCUCCAGACUACAUCAAGCGCGUCUCAUUUGUUUCCCCCUCUAUACGAGAUGCUACCAUCACCAUUGAAGGAGCUAGCUUUGCAGACGUCGGGUCCUACACCUGCAAAGUGGCAACAUUUCCUUUGGGCAACACACAAGCAUCAACCUAUGUUAAUGUAUUAGUGGAGCCAAAGGUCUAUGUGUCUGCCGGCCCCACGGCUCUGCUGGACGGCGGGAACGAGUCACUGGUGGCCACCUGCAUAGCAGAGCGUGGCCGCCCCGCUGCCGAGGUUUUCUGGGAGACAGAGCUGUACGGACGAAGCGAGAGACUGAGUCACGACGAGCUCAACGGCACCACCACUGUACACGUACGCUAUAUGUGGCAACCGCAGAGCUACGCCCAGGGGAAGACGCUCACCUGUGUGGUGCGCCACCCGGCCCUGCAAACAGAGUUCCGAAUCCCCUUCAUACUAAACGUUCAGUUUGCACCAGUGGUAUCGAUAAUUGGAAUUGAUAAAAAUUGGUAUGUGGGUCAAGAGAAUGUGAAGUUCACCUGUGGUGCCAAAGCCAACCCUCCUGCACGGCACUUCUCAUGGACCAGGUUGGAUGGAUUGAUGCCGGAGGGUGUUGACAUAUCAAACAAUAGCUUUGCUUUCAAUCGCCCGUUGGAGCGCAAUGACUCUGGAGUGUACCGCUGUGAAGUGAUAAACGACAUUGGUCUCCGCAGUCAGGAUGUAAACUUUUGGGUACAAGAUCCUCCCCCCACCACGGCUGCCCCCAGCACCACCGCAUCCCUCCUCCACGACACCUCUCGAACCGGCACUGCUGAUGAUCAGCGGAGAGCCCUGUUCACCUCCCCAACCCUGGCCUCCUUUCCUGACAGCAGCUUGGGUACUAUAGUCGGCGGGGCUGUUGGUGGAGUCUUAUUCCUGAUUCUCUUGCUGAUCCUUGGUGGCGCCUGCUACAUGCGUCAGCGCAGGACCUUCAGAGGAGACUACUACACCAAACAGUACCUGGGGCCCUCCGACAUGCAGAAGGAGUCUCAGCUGGACGUGCUGCAGCCUCAUGAGCUGCAGGAGGUCUACGGAGAUAAGACGAGCAAAGGCAGCCAGGAGCUGAAACCCAAACUGGGUGGAGACAUCAUUUACCCGGACUACACCCCUGACCACAAGGAUAGGGAUGACUGGGCUGACAGGGGGGACGGCCACAGGGGUCACAAGGAGGGAAACUACUACCCAGAUCACUACAACACCCAAAACAUGCACCCGUGUGGGCCUCCUGUGCACAGCACCAUAGUGAACAACGGCUCCCCCUACCUCCCGGAGGACUGCUAUGACAAUGGCACAGACAGCGACUAUGUGUCCCACAUGGACGGAUCUGUGAUCUCACGCAGGGAGUGGUACGUCUGAGGGAACAAGUGAAGGAAAAAAAACGGCCAAAUGACUGACUGAGAAUGAUUUAACAAGUGACAGAUAUAAAUAUCAUUAAAAGUGUCAUUUCAGUUAAAGGAUGGAUACAACUUCUCAGCUCAGUUUCACAAUGAGCUCUUUGAACAAUACUGCUCUGCCUUGAUUGUAACCACUUAACCUUAAGGACGUGUGUGGAUUGUAUUUCACUUCUGUAGCAUUUCAAGGAGCUACAAAUAAGCUGGAACAGUGAUAGCAUCUGUGUCAGCUUAAGAGGCUUUGGCAUACAGUGAAGUUUCAACUGAUGUGAAUGAGGUUUUGUAUUCCACUUGUUUGUGUUUGCACCUGUCUUUAACGCAGGUCACAGGUCAGGUGUUCAAACCCUUGUUAGUGAAGUAUUUAUACCCCUGACCGACUGAGCUCCCAUAAAACCUCGCGACUUCUGUGGCAUUUUCACAACGGCCCCUCAAUUGCUUACAGCGUUUUCAUACUGUUGAAAUGUUCAUCAUGGCUGCAACCAGUAUUUAAACAAAUUAUACUGCAUGCUUAAAAAAAAAAAAACAACGCGUAUCAUCAAGUUAAAGGGAAGGUUCACCAGUCACAUGAUUAAAAGGGAGAAUUGCAUUGUUUUGAGGGAAAAGUAAACUGACUGAUGCUAGUACAGUACAAAGAAAAGCCCUGGUAAACCUCUGAUUAAGUUCUUCAGUGGCUUUUGCAGACUCACAGUAUUUUUUGUAAAUUAUUCAUGGAAUGGUAACACUGUCACCUGACAGAGAGAGAGGCCACUGGAACUACUACAGCUUCAGUUUAGCUGAUUUAUUUUACAAAUGUCUCUUUUGUCAAAGUUGUAAUCUUUAAGAUUUCUGUCCUUGUUGAUUUUGCUACAUUCAUGGUUACUGCAGUACCAGCACGUGUGGUUUAACCCUUUGAAACCUGGAUGGACAUCAGUUUCCUUGUGCCGCAUUCAGAC